AGAUAAUGCAAAGGAGCUUGAAAAUUUGCCAACUAUGAUGUCCGACAAAGAGAACAUUGUAACACAUUCGUGGCACGAAGAAAACUGCGUUUCCCCCGAUCCGUACGAAAAUUACACGAGUGAGAAGCAUGCUGCUGUUCUCUCCUGGUUGGAGAAGAGCAACUCGAGGAGGGAGGAGGAACUAGAAGUUUCUUCGAGAUGGAUGGAGACGGAGGAGAUGGAGGACUCAUCCUGUGCGAGCUAUACAGACAAGAUGUUCAUCGUGCUUCCAACCAACUUGUUGGAGGCGGAGGCAGCGCACAGGAGGACGAUCGAGCAGUAUGGCAAGUCACACCAGAGGGUAUCGACGAUCGGACAUGCUGAUAAGGCUGAUGAGUUCGGGUACGACGGCAGACGGCAGAGGAGGAUUGACUACACGUGCUACCCAGAGCUAGAGGAGGAGGAGGAGCAGGAGGGUUCCGUGAUCUCGUCCUUCUACGAAGGGAAAGGAAGCAACCUGGACUUCCUCGUUGAGACUUCCAUGGACUGCGUUGCGCGAGAAAACGCAAUGGCCCUGCUCAAGCAAACACACGGAAACAUACCUGAAGCCAUCAGACCUGGCCCCACGGCCCCACUGAUCGACCUCCUUCGCUACAGCAUCAACAAUAGAGCAAAUGUAAACGACGAGAUUAUGUCCUGUAAUUUAUGAUUUGAUCAAACUUUGAUUUCCUUCU